CUUGGGGCUAGGCUUGGUCAUUCAUGUGCACAUCCUAUGCUCUCAACAUAGGUACGUCGUUUAAGACUGCGUUUAAUUUUGUAAACCAUUUACGCAGACAGUGGUAAGAGUUGGCAAUACAUCAUGAGCGUUUGGCAUAGGCGGCCACAGUCCUCUUGGAGCGUCGCUGCGUGAGGGCUCAACGUUGUGUCCAUGGAAGCUCACAAAACUUCUCUAACUGUGUCGGACGACUACCCACUCAAACCGCACAAACAGUGGCCGUCGGUGUCCUCGGUUGUGGCGCUUACCGUGUGAGGACUGGUAACGGAGAGAAGUCCUUGAUAUUGUGUCGUGAUCAUGCCAUCGCCAGACUUCAACCAUAACAAUCCCCGGGAAAAGUCAGGUCGGUCCUUUGCAGUUUGACGAGCUGCAGCACAUCUGCUUUCUGGUCUCGGAUACAAUGAUCUUUAACUCAAGAUGUCUGGGCUGAUAGAAGCAGAGAUAAUCAAGGAAAACGGCAAGGACGUAAACGAGAAGACGUUUGAUUGGAGUUACAUAGAAUGGCGCGAGGAUGAGUCCCCAAAAUGGACCAGCGCAGAGACGCAGACGGAGCCGGGGACGUUUGUGGAUCAGCAAACGCAGACCAGCCACCCUUUCAUCCUGCGUAUGGACUUAGACCGAACCCAUUCAAGACUGCGCCAUUCCUCCUUGAAGGACUACUCUAAUAUGCCCACCCCACUCUUUCAGUUUGACAGACAGGCUCCGGCUAGGAUCUCCACAUCUCCUACGCUGAGAAGGAUGCGAAGCACCAGGCGGAUGGACAUUUCCGGUCCACUGGAGGAUUGUGGCCCCUAUGACAUGUUAGUGCGGAGUCCCCUGUCCCCAUUGAACCGGCAGAAGUCCCCUCUGGCGGCCAGCAUAUCGCUCCCCACGGAGGGCCAGGAGCAGCAGGUCUGUCACCCGUACCCUUUAGCGAACCGUGGGAAACCGAGAUCACUUAGAUCAAAGACUUUGGACAAUGGUGUCAUUUGCAAAAGCCAAGAGGCUCCGUGCGAAGGGGAAUAUGACAACAGCAGCAUUGAAGGAGGCACCAGUGAAGCCGAACAGGUAAAAGAACUGUCACAUAAAAGGCUCCAGGAGCGUCGUCGUAGCUCGGUGGUGGUGAGUCUGCCUGGCCUGGACAUGUCUCCAGGGGACCUCUUUGUGUCCAAUGGCGCCGCGGACAUUCUAAACCACUCCACCUUCUCAGACACCAAGAAGUCGAAGUGGCCCUUCUCCAGACGCAGUACGACAAAGGGAAAGGUGCGGACCGCCGUAGACAUCGACAAGUGCCUCUCAGACAUCAGCAUUCAGGACUGGAGGGACAAUGACUUCCAGAGGUACAAGGAUUGUUCUUUGGAGGAGUUUUUGAGGGAGCAGUGUCCUUCACUCCUGCCACCAGAAGAGCCCACGGCACACAGGAAGCAGGAAUCCAUAUGGGAGCUCUUCACCAGCGAGUGUGUUUACUUCCUGGACCAGCUCAUGGUUCUCAAAGAGGUGUUCCUGACCACCCUGGAUGAUCUGCACAUGCGAGAUUGCCUGCAAGAUAUCGACACCUGGAGGCUCUUCGCCAACCUGAACGAGCUGUGCCUGGUGAGUUUCAACUUCCUCAGCAGUCUGCUGCGCGUCCUCAAAGCCUCGUGGCAGGAGACAGACACAGACUCUGACACAGACACACAGGCGCUGCUGGAGCUGCUGAAAAAGGCCUUCAGAGAGAGCAUCUGCCACUGUCUGCAGAAGUACUGCCUCAACUACUCCACCGCGGUGCUCUAUCUGGACAGCCUGAAGCCACGGGAGGACUUCAGCUCCUACGUCAAGUGGUGCGAGCGACAGCCACAGUGUCGACGUCUGCAGCUGAGAGACCUGCUGGUGGCCCCUCUCCAGAGGUUCACGCGCUACCCGCUGCUCCUCAAGAACGUGGCCAAGAGGAGCCAGAGUCCCGAGGAGGAGAGCAGCCUGCAGGAGGUGCUGGAGCUGGUGGACAGAGCCAUAUAUGACCUGGAGGGCAAGGUGAAGUGGCUGGAUAACUACCAGAAGGUCAAGCUGCUGAAGGAGGCCCUGGUCUGGUUGCCGGUGUGGGAGAGGGACAAGCGCGCCUACGUGCCAGAGAACCUGAAGCACCUGCUGAAGGCCGUGACGUUGGAGAACCUGGUGGCCCAUCGCAGUCUGCUGCACGAGGGGAGGCUGAGCCUCAUAGAAAAUGCUAAACUUGAACGAAGUGAAGUCUUCCUCUUCCUUUUUGAUGAAUUCCUGCUGGUCACGAAACUGAAAAGGAAUAAGAAGCAAUGCAUUUGUCUCUCUCUGCAGAAGUCGGGUAGUGUGGACGUGGUGCCGGUGCGGUCGGGUCCAGGGCAGGAGCUGGAGCCUCUGCUGCAGGAGGGCUGCACCUUCACUGUGCUGGACCAGCCGCUCUCCCUCGACCGGCUGCAGCUGAAGAACGUAGACCAGCUCAACGCCACAGCCUCCAGCCUGCCCCACUCCUUCAUCCUCAUGCACCAGAACCGCUACCAGCAGUGCAUCGGGGCCUUCAUCCUACAGGCCUGCUCAGAGGCCGUCAAGAAAACGUGGAUGACUGAGAUUGAGAAGGCAGUCACAGCGCUUCUGAAGCAGGACUCACAGCAUCCCCGUGUCAAGAACUCUUCAGCCUGGCUGGAGUCUUCCCAGAUCUGAUCCAGUGAUAAAGAUUUCACCAAUCUUGUGGAAGGCCCCCUCGUAGAACCAACCCAGCCCCUCCCUCCUUUCCCCAGCCCAUGUCAACUUCCCCUGUAAAGAACCUUCCCAUUAGCUGCCCCUGCAGAUCUGUUCCAAGUUUCACCUCCCUCCAAACCUGCCCUGCCACAAUAGAAAUGUUUAACAGACCCCACCUUACACCACAUCACCUAACUUAACACAACCUCACCUGGUCCAAAACCCCCAACCCUGCACCCUCAGCUCAAAAGUGUGGAGGACUAGUGGAGCUUCACCGCUACGGUGGAGGCUGUACAGUACAUAUAUCUAUGAACUAUUGAACAGGUGACUGUCACUGGUGGACACAGUAUAUCUGUGAACUGAAGGUGACUGUCCCUCAUUGCUAUGGUGGAGAGUAUACGAGAACUUCUCUAAGUGACACCCUGCAGGUCAGAUGGGCUGCCUCCCGUCCCAGUGUCACUCUCUUCCUACUUUCAAGCACUCCCUCUCUCUAUCUCUCUCUAUCUCUCUCUCUCACACACACACACACACAAACACAUACCGGACAUAGUACAGUCAUUGACACAGUCAUCAAGCACAGAAUCUCUAGGAUAUUAAAUGUUCAUUUGUGACAUAGUUAAUGUAAAUGCCUAGUUUUUUGUAAUUAAAAAAAGUUUCCCAUGACUCAGAGUGGACUGGUCAAUUUCGCGUUUUUUUGUUGUUUAUGUUCUAAGUUGCUCUCUGCUCUUUGCAGUCCAUAAGCCUUCAAAUCAAGCUGUUUGUUUGCUGUACUGUGAACCAUGUCUAGAGGUAAUUUAAUUAAUCUAAUUUAACCUUGUCAUCAUGAGAAAGAUGCACUCACGACUCACUGGGACAAAGCGGAGAAAAACACCCGCAAAGCCAUACACCAACCCCAUAAAAAUGUCAGAAUGGUAAAGGAAAAAAAAUCAGAGUAUUUGUGGAAAAUAGAAACACCUAGUUUUAUUAUUUACUCUUUCACAUGAGGGAAAUUAGAUAACAAAUGAUCCCUUGGGACAUAAAUUACAUCACUCUCCUCCCUCCUCUCAUGACCAAAAAAAAAAAAAAACCAGAUCGCUUCAGAGGGAACCCUGUCAGUCAGUCAAUCAGUCGGUCAUUUGUCCUCCUGCGUCGGUCACGAGCCUUAUACGGACGCUAGAGAGGGUGUGAAUGCACACGCAGGCAGUGAGCGAAAACACAAGCUUGUAAGGCACGGAGACAUGAUCAUAGACACACGCACACAGAUAGAGGCCUAGUCAUCACGCCACUCACCCACCCACACACACACAGAGCCAUGAUAAACUGGCAAAUGAAAUCUACAACAAUGCGUAGUGUCAUUAUCCAAUGAUAUACGAGGACCGUUAAGACA